GCCCGGGCGGGUUCAUGCGGCGCCUGCUGUGGGGGGCGCUGAGAGCCCUUCCCGGCCUCCCAACCGGGAGGCAGCGGCCGGGCUCCGCGGGGGGCCUUAGCGGCGCCCCCGCCGCCAUGGAGCGGGCCGUGGUGCGCUGCAUCCCGGCCGAGCCGAAGCUCAGCGUCUCGUUCGUGCUGGGGGACGGCAGCGCGCGGCACAUGCAGCGGGACCAGGCGGAGCCUCUGGGCCGGGCGCUGGCCCGCAUCGCCAACAACGCCGGCAAAGGCCCCGCCAAGGCCGCCAAGAAGAGCAAGAAGGCGCGGGCCGAGAGCGGGGCGGCCCCGCCGCCGCCCCCCCUCCCCGCCGUGUGCCUCUUCGCCCAGGACGGCCAAGCCGUGGCCGAGGACGUGCCCAACGCGGAGGCCUGGCAGGACGGGGCGGUGCUGCAGAUCGGCGAGGCCCGCUACCGCGUGGAGCGCAACCCGCCGGCCCUGACGGAGCUGCAGCUGCCCCGCUCGCUCCUCGCCGGCUUCCCCGUGUGCCCCAAGCUCAGCACCGAGUUCGGCUCCCCCGCCGACUGCCUCUUCCGCUGGUACCAAGAGCAGAAAGCGGAGCCGGCCGGGGGCGGGGGGGCGGCGGCGGCGGGGCCGUCCGCCGCGUCCGGCUGGGUGGAAGCGCCGGGGGGCACCGAGCGCGUCUUCACGCCCAGCAACGCGCACAUCGGGCUGCGGCUCAAGCUCGUGUGCACGCCGGGCAACCGGCUGCGGCGCUACGGCCUGGAGCGGGAGGCGGAGAGCGGCGGCCCCGUGGAGGCCGGCCCGGGCGCCUGCACCUUCGACGCGCGCCACCUCUACACCAAGAAAGUGACCGGCCCGGGCCUCAUCCGCACCGUGACCUACAACAUCCUGGCCGACAUCUACGCUCAGACCGAGCUCUCCCGGACCGUGCUGUAUCCCUACUGCGCUCCUUACUCGCUGGAGCUCGACUACCGGCAAAACCUGCUCAAGAAGGAGCUGGCCGGCUACAGCGCCGACAUCCUCUGCCUGCAGGAGGUGGACCGGUCGGUCUUCAAGGACAGCCUGGGCCCUGCGCUGGACGCCUUCGGCCUGGAAGGGCUCAUGAAGCUCAAGGAGAAGCAGCACGAGGGCCUGGCCACCUUCUAUCGGAGGGACAAGUUCGGCCUGCUCAGCCAGCACGACAUUGCCUUGAACCAGGCCCUGCUGGAAGAUCCUUUGCACAAAGAACUGAGGGACCAGUUGGCCCCCUAUCCUCAACUGCAGGAAAAGGUGCAGCAGAGAUCGUCUGUCCUGCAGGUGUCUGUUCUCCAAUCUACAAGUGAUCCUUCCAGAAAGAUUUGUGUUGCCAACACCCACUUAUACUGGCACCCAAAAGGUGGAAACAUCCGUCUAAUCCAGGCUGCAGUGGCAUUGUCCCACAUUAAGCAUAUAACCCACGACGUGUAUCCUGCCACACCGAUUAUUUUCUGUGGGGAUUUUAAUAGCACACCAUCAACUGGAAUGUAUAGUUUUGUCAGUAAUGGUAGUAUUGCUGAAGAUCAUGAGGACUGGGGCUCAGAUGGAGAAGAAAAGCCGUGCAGAAUAUCUCUGACCCAUCCACUCAGGCUUAAAAGUGCAUGUGGAGAACCAGCCUACACUAACUACGUUGGUGGCUUUCACGGAUGUUUGGACUACAUCUUCACUGAUGCAAAUGCUUUGGAGGUUGAACAAGUAAUUCCACUGCCAAGUCAUGAAGAAGUAACCACUCACCAAGCCUUACCAAGCGUUUCACACCCGUCAGAUCAUAUAGCACUAAUAUGUGAUUUGAAGUGGAAAUAGGCUAAAUUCUUGGCAUCUAUUCCUUGCUCUUAAUCAAGGGAUUUUUCUCAGUUUGGGAAUUUAGGAGAAUUCAGCUUGAAUUCUGGAUUAAAUAUUAAUUUUU